AUGAAUUUAUCAAGUACAGAUUCUUCAUACAGUGAAUUAACUUCUUCAGCUCUCAAACUUAUCAUGGAAGUUUCAAUUAACAAAUUAAGAAAUUUUCAAAAUACUUUACAAUCCUCAGUAGGACCAUCUAUGAGAACAACAGAGAACAAGAAUAGUACUUUGUUGACUGAUUCAUCAGUGAGAACAACUCCUUUGGAAUCGAUACAGCAGUCACCUUCAAGAAGAACAUCAAGUACUUUUUCACCAACAAGAUCCAUUUUAUUAAGUCAACAAGCUUUGAAUUCUACCCAGACAGAUAGUGAACCGAUUAGUCUACAAAAUACUUCAACAUCAGAAAAACUUGUAAAUAGUCAUUCAGACAAUGGGCAACAAUGCAAUCUUUCAAACAUUUCGUGUCCAACUACUCUAACUUCUCAUUCAACAAAUACAUGUUCAGAUGUUUCUACUAUGUGUUCAAUAAGACAUGAUGAACAGAAAUGUAAACGAAUUUAUGAUUGUGUCUCAGAUGACUCCUCAGUAUCAAGUAGUAAAAGAGUAUUUGAUACCAAACUAUCCGCAUGGACAUGUGAAAACCAGGUUUCAUCUAAUUUUCAACACGAGAGCAGUACAACUGAUGAAAGACAUUUACAUUACAAUGAACCUAUCAAUAUGAUGUAUCAUUCUUCUACUGAAAAUAGUAUACAAGCUGAAAUGCGUAAUUCAGAUAGUAAUCCAAUUUCAUCAACGGAAACAUUACGUUCAAACACUUCAUUAAAACAAAUAACUCAUAAAAUGGAUUAUGAUGAGAUGAAUGAUGAUUGUGGACGAGAUAUUUGCAUUUGUCUACCGAAUUCAUCGAAUUCUCGACCGUUAAUUACUGGAAUUAUAUAA